GGGCGCGGUGUCGCGCUCCUCAUAGAUAUCUGUGCUGCUCCUCAGCGGGGCUCACAGACCAGUAUGGCGGCGUCCAGUGUUUUCAGAUCAGGCUUGUUCAACCAUAAAGUUGCAAUAGUAACGGGAGGAGGAACCGGCAUCGGUAAAGCUAUCUCCGCGGAGCUGCUGGAGCUGGGUUGCAAUGUGGUGAUCUCCAGCAGAAAGGCAGAGAGGUUGGAGGCAGCAGCUCAGGAGAUGAGACAAAAAAUCCCUCCCUCCAGCCCUGCUCGUGUCACUCCUCUCACAUGUAACAUCCGAAACGAGGACGAGGUGAAGACCCUCGUAUCGUCGGUGCUGAAGCAGUACGGCAGGAUAGACUUCCUGGUGAACAAUGGAGGAGGUCAGUUCAGCAGCCCAGCAGAGCACACGUCCUCUAAAGGCUGGAAAGCUGUGAUAGACACCAACCUGACUGGAACGUUCCACUGCUGCCAGGAGGUCUACACUGCGUGGAUGAAACAGCACGGAGGUGUGAUCGUCAACAUCAUCGCUGACAUGUGGAAAGGCUUCCCAGGCAUGGCGCACACGGGAGCAGCGAGGGCAGCAGUGGACAACUUGACCAAGAGUCUGGCCAUCGAGUGGGCAGCCUCAGGAGUACGAGUCAACGCUGUUGCGCCUGGAACAAUCUUUUCCAAAACUGCAAUGGAGAACUACAAGGACUUUGGACCAACUCUCUUCAAGAUGUCUGUUCCAUUCAGCCCUGCAAAGAGGCUGGGAGUACCAGAAGAGAUCUCAUCAGCAGUGUGUUUCCUGCUCUCUCCUGCUGCCUCCUACAUCUCUGGAGCCACCCUGAGGGUCGAUGCAGGACAGAGUCUGUACCACUCCAUGUGGGAGAUACCCAACCACAGUGCAUGGCCUGAAGCUCCAGAAGGGGAGAACCUGGACGCUCUGAAGGACCUGCUCAACCCUAAAAGCAAACUCUAAUUCAGUUUUGUGGCGUAAUCUGAGCCCAGUACAGAAACACGCACAGGCUUGGCCAAUAAGCAUCAUGGAUGUUGAGCGGAUCAGGCACCACAAGCACUGUAAUGAUGCAUGGUGGUCUGGUUAUAAGAUGAUGUGAUUUAUUCUGUGUCGUGUACAUAAUGGUAUGUAAUUAAUAAUGAUUUAGUUGUGACAAAUGUUUGUUUUUUAAUGGCUUUAUAAAUUGUGAAAUUAACGUAAUGGUUUUUAAUACAGUUACUACAAAGAUAUUUUAUAAAUGGAGACAAAAUACUAAAAAUAACUAAUAACAAGAAAAACUCCUUUUUAAAUUUCCACUGAUUAAGUAUCUCUGUGUCAGUGUCAGGUGAUACAAUGUCAAACGCAAUAUCACUUUUAGUUCUUAGCCUCGACCUUGGACUAAGCUGCCACAGUGGAGUAGACUGCAACUGUUUCUUUUUUUGUUUUGUUUUUAUUCUUGCCUGAUUACAGAAAUUCUGUCUACUCUAUGAUCUGGAAAUAAAGCUGUGUAACUGUGAAAUCAUAA